AUGCUCUUGCCCACUUCUUCUCUUGCUUCCACUGAGGUGCUUGGAUGGGAAGUCGUCAUCUCGAAUCUGUAUGAGUGGAUCGGGUCGGGACCGCGAAAACUAAGAUGGGAGGAGAUAACGAGCAGGGACAACGCGUCGAGUCUAGCUGCUGCUCGGAAGCGUCAAGCUCCCAUUGAUGUUCACCCCGAGGUGGAGGAUGCAUUGGCCAGUGGAAAGCCUGUAGUGGCCCUCGAAUCAACCAUAAUUACCCAUGGAAUGCCGUACCCAACUUCAUUGGAGACGGCCCAGUCACUCGAGAGGAUAGUCAGGUCCACAGGGAGUGUACCAGCUACCAUUGCUGUCCUUGGGGGGCGCAUCAAGAUUGGUCUUCAUCCAGCAGAACUGGAGCGUCUUGCAGACCAAACCAAACCAACCGCCGUAAAGUUGUCCAGACGUGAUAUUGCGGCUGCAAUUGCUCUGAAGAAGGAUGGCGGGACUACAUGCUGUUCCACCCUUAUCUUCGCUGCUCUCGCGGGUAUCAAGGGUAGGCUCGGCGGAGUGCAUCGCGGCGGAGAGAAUACAAUGGACGUCUCAGCUGAUCUACAUGAACUCACGCGUUGCCCAGUUGGUAUAGUUUCCGCUGGAGUGAAAUCCAUUCUGGACAUAAGACGAACCCUCGAAUAUCUGGAAACGCUUGGUGUACCAGUAGUGUCUUACGCAGAAACGCACGACUUCCCGGCUUUCUAUUGCGGUCGAAGCGGUCUUGAGUUUCAGUCGCCUUGGAGAGUAAAUGAUCCUAGGACAGCCGCUCAGAUUCUACAUACUCAUUGGCAGCUGGGCAUGUCCAACGGUGCCCUUUUUGCUGUUCCUAUCCCUGCUGAAUAUGAGGCCGUGGGGUUAACCCUUCAGGAGGCAGUCGAACAAGCUGUUCGCGAGUCAGAUGAACAAAAUAUCACUAACCUGGGGAAGGAAGUUACUCCUUGGCUUCUCAAGAGGGUUGACAUAGCACUAAUCGAGAAUACUGCGCUCGUUGGAGGUCAAAUUGCAGUAGAAUACGCGAAACUUGUUGGAGAUGGACAUGACCAGGAUCAAUGCUAUCCUGUGAUAGGAAUACCAGAAAAGCCGGACAAGCUGUCCAGCGCAUGCGUUUCCGUCUCAUCAGCAGCUACUGAUGAUCUCAACGAGCAACCGCCACCGCGCGCUUCGUUGAUCGUAGUCGGUUGCACAGCAGUGGACAUCACCUCCCAGCCUCUCACAGAUUCAGACCUUGGACACCAGUUUCCUUGUCGCUUAGGAGGUGUUGGCCGCAAUAUUGCCGAAGCCGCUCACCGAGUCCUUUCGUCGUAUGGUAGCAAGUUUUCGGCUGCAACUUUGCUGGUGUCCCCAGUCGGCGAUGAUUCUUUCGGAAGACUGUUAAGCGAAGAGACACGAAUGCUAGGGAUGAGGACAGAUGGGCUUAUUCCCGUACAUGGAGGUAGGUCUCCUGUGUGCAGCCUACUUCUGCAGAGAUCGGGGGGCUUGAGAGCAGGUGUGGCUGACAUGGACCUUGUUCGGAAUAUGGAUGGCCAUAUGGCACGAGAGUCUAUUUUGGCACACAAACCAAAGCUACUUGCAGUGGAUGGAAACCUAUCACCUGAUACACUGAAAGUAGUAGAGUUGGCUGAUAAUAGUUCAAAUUUUAGUGAACCAACUUCUGUCGUCAAGUCAGCUUCGAUUCUUCCCGCUAUUGCCAGUAAUCUCGACCACCCUACAUGGUCACCCAUUGCUUUUGCCUCUCCUAACCUACUCGAGCUCGCUCACGUGUAUCAACAAGCACAACUUCUGGACCUCACUUCCCAUGUUCAGUGGUGGCAGGUUCUGGACGGCCUCGGACUUGGUUCAAAGUUCCGCAUGGACCUCGAUCUGCUCUCUCGAAGAGAUGCAUCAGAUCACGAUACUUCGCGGGGAAACCUGGCCUUCCUUGUUGAAAAAGGUGUUGCCCAAAUGGCAAUCAAUCUCCUACCAUUUUUCCAACACCUCGUCAUCAAGUGUGGUGACUUAGGAGUCAUUGUAGUAAUGCGCUUGACGGCAGAUGACGCGGCCGAGUCAUCGUGGUCAGCGGAGUCGACUAACCAUCAUGGGCGCUAUGUGGUGUCACACUCGUCAACCUCGGGUGAUAUUGUGAUCUUGCAGCAUUUUCCUGCAAUACAACUCCCAAGCGAUGCGUUGGUCAAUACAACAGGCGCAGGAGAUUCAUUGGUUGGAGCUUUGCUAGCCACCUUGGUGCAGUCUCCGAAGGCGUUCCACGCCACAAUUAGCCUACGACGCACGAUGGACAUCGCCCAGCGUGCAGCCCUUUUAAGUUUGCAGAGCUCAUCCGCCGUCUCGCCACUGCUAUCGUCCUUGCACGAACAACGUUCCCAAAGACAUUAUUGA